AUGGACACCACCAAGCACCCCGCCUCGACCGAUCCCGCCGCCGCCGCCGCCGCCGCCGACCUCAACGCCAGGUUCCGCAAGAUGCGGCUCGUCGGCGACCCCUCCUCGCCGCAGCCGCAGCCCCAGGCCCAACCCCCGCUCCAGCCGAUCACGGGGGCCGACUUGUUGAGGAAACUGGUACCUCCGGCGGCGCCGGCAGAGCAGUACCAUCAUCCACAGACGCGGCCGCAGAGCUAUGGCAUGGGCGAGAGCUUCACGUUCGCCGGCGCCGUGCAGAACUAUGGCAUGGGCGAGAGCUCCACUUUCGUCGGGUACGUCCCUCCUUAUGCCUCCAGCAGCAUCUACGGCUCGCACUUCGGCAAGCACAGCCCGCGCCACAACGCCGCCCCCGCCGCGCCCACCACGCCGAAGCUACCAGGCACCAAUGCUAGGCAGUUGAACCCCAACCCUAACCCCAUCGCCCCGCGGCCCAACCCAUCUGCGCCGCGCCCGCGAUCUUCGUCGACGCUGAGCGCCAGCGCCGACCUCUUCGAGCCUUCUAUCCCCAUGGCGGACCCCAAUCUCGCCGCAUACUGGGACGAUCACGACUCCGUCUUCAACCCGUACGCCUCCGCCUUCCAGAGCACGCUGUUCGCUAACCCGGCGGGCUACGGGUCGUGGGUCCCCGCGGCGGCGCCUCACUGGUACCCGUCCCCGACGCUGGCGCAGGUCCGCUCGCGCCUGCUCCGCCGCCCGAUGGAGACUGGACUUCUGGAGUCCCCGGUGGCCUCGGCCCACGUGGCCCGCCUGCUCGACGACGGCGACGAGCAAGUGCGCCGGAGCGUUCUCGCCACGUUCAAGCGCGACGUGCGCUGCUUCAUGGAGAGCAGCGCCCAGAGGCAGGCCGUCCUCCUCGCGCUGGUUCGCGCCUGCAUGUGGCGGGACGACGAGCUCCUGGACAUUGUCAUCGCCGUGUACCACACCAAUGGCUUUCUUUCGGGCGUCGUUCAACACAAUCGCGGGUUGGCAGCUCUGAAGGAGCUGAUCAGGGCAGUGGUGUCUCAUCCCCAGCUGCUCAUCAGGCCGAUCGUGGAUUGGCUCCUCCGUGAACCCCAGUUCUAUAAAUGCCCGGAGCUGCUUGAGCACUGCUUCAUCACGAUGCCUUACGAAUAUAGCAAGAUUCUGAUCCGGUUCGCCAUCGUGCACUAUGCCGAGCUGCUCUCCUCGUCCUCUGGGUCGAGAUGCCUGUCGCAAUGCUUCGUGUAUGCGAGAGACAAGGAGGUUGAGCCUCUCGAGAGGAUCAUCCUGGACUACACCGCCGUGCUCGCCACCGGCCAAUACGGCAACUAUUUCUUGCAGCGAGUCAUCGAGUGCGGCGGCGAGCGUCUCCAGGUGGCCAUCGCCGAGCGCGUCGCGGCGGACGUGGUGAGCCUGUCGUCGGACCAGUUCGGGAGCUACGUGGUGGAGUCGUGCUUCCUCCAUAUGCGCUCGCUGGCGCCGCUGCAGCUCGUGCUCACCGCGUUCCUCGCCCUGGGCGACGACGACCUCGCCGGGCUCGUGCGGGGCGGCUUCUCCAACUACGUCGUCAGCAAGCUGCUCCUCGUGGCCAAGGACCACAUGGCGGCGCAGGCGAGGGAGCUGGCGCGGCGGAUCGAGAAGCUUCCGACGGCGGUCCACCGCGAGAUGCACGCGCGAGGGGUGAUGGCGGUCGUCAGGAAGCUGAUUCACAGGCCAGAGGCAACCAGGCUUUACUAGCCGAGAGAUGAUGUUCUGUAGUUGUCUUAGAAGCAUGUCAUUGUCAUGUAGUCCAACAUGAAUUGGCCAAGGGGAAGGGUGUCCCAGCCUCCCAGGCCGUGCCGCAAAGCGGACGGCCUUUGUCUGUCAUUGCUGUGUGUGUACAUGCUCGUCUGCACUGUCUGUAGGGUUGUGUGUACGUACUAUCAUGCUAGCUUAGCUACCAUGGGUUCUGUUUUCCCCGUCCAAUUUAAACUAGAAGUAUGUGGUAAUGUGGUGGUAACUACUUUUGUUCGGAUUGAUUUGUAAGACCCAAUGUUUUAGCGUCUCUGUUGCACUUUUUAUGGUUCUGUGUUUCCCAUACAAAAGCUAGUAGUAUGUGGUAACAACUUUUGUUCGGAUUGAUUUGUAAGGUAAAAUGUUUAGCGUC